UUCUGUUAAUUCGCUUUUUGCAUGGCCAUUGCUUUGUAUAUAAAGCGAGAAUCACAGAAUUUGUGAGUUCAUAAUAACUGUGUUAUGGGUCCAUUUGCUUUUGCAACAUCAUUAUUCUUGUUUUUAAUUGAAAUUUGUCAGCAAGUUGAUGGAAUUGGAAGCAAAUGUGAUAUUUACAAAGGAAAAUGGGUGUUUGAUGCAUCUUACCCUCUUUACAAUUCAAGUAAUUGUCCUUUCAUACAUCAAGAAUUCAAUUGCCAAAACAAUGGUCGACCUGACCGUCUCUAUCAAAACUUUAGAUGGCAACCCACCUCAUGCAACUUGCCAAGGUUCAAUGGCAAAGACUUUUUACGAAAAUUUAGAGGGAAGAGGAUCAUGUUUGUAGGUGACUCGUUGGGCUUAAAUCAAUGGCAAUCACUUUCAUGUUUGCUUCAUACAGCUACACCUCAAGAUCCAUACAUCUCCCAAAGAGUUGCUGCCAUCUCCACAUUCAGUUUUCCGACAUACGGAGUUUCAAUUAUGUUCUUACGCAAUGCAUUUCUUGUUGAUAUCGUUAAUAAAAAAGAUAGGCGAGUUCUAAAACUAAACUCCAUUGGGAAUGGACGAAUUUGGAAAGGAUAUGACGUCUUGAUCUUUGACACUUGGCAUUGGUGGCUUCUUACCGGUAGAAAACAACCAUGGGAUUAUGUCCAAGACAAUAAUAUAACUCGCAAAGACAUGAAUCGUACAGUUGCCUAUAAGAAAGCAUUGAGGACAUGGGCUAGAUGGGUGAACCUCAAUGUAGAUCCUGCUAAAACCAAGGUGUUCUUCCAAGGGGUCUCCCCCGAUCAUGUGGAUUCAAGGGAUUGGGCAGAUCCAACAGCAAAAACUUGCCGAGGGGAAACGUGGCCUAUUUUAAGCACGGAGUAUCCAGGAGGUUCACCUUCGCCUCAAGAUGUUUUGAAGAGAGUAUUGCGAAUUGUGUCAAAGAAAGUUCAUUUGCUUGACAUAACUGGCUUGUCACAACUAAGAAAGGACGGACACCCUUCAGCCUUUGGCUAUGGAGGCCACCGUGGUAACGAUUGUACACAUUGGUGUCUCCCUGGAGUUCCUGAUACAUGGAACGAACUGCUCUUUGCAACUCUCAUCCAAACUUAAAAUAGGGUUUCUUUUAUUAAUAUAAUAUUGUACAUAACGGAACAGUUGACAUUAGUAUAUCUCG